GUGGAAAGUGAACGAACAGCAAUGGCUGACGAAGCUAGAUCAAGCCUGGCCGCGAGCAACUUCGAGUGCACGUAUUGUAAUCGUAAGUUUACUAAGAAGGAACAUCUCAAGAGGCACGAAAGAGCCCAUACUGGUGCAAAGCCGUUUAAAUGCGCGAUAUGCCAGAGAAGCUUUUCACGCGGUGAUGUACUCACCAGACACAUUAGAGGCCACCGAGAAGCAGCACAACCUCGAAACUCUCCUCUUAGUAAUACGGAGAACCGACCCUCUUUGCACCUCUCAUACAUCGCCGCUGGACAUGGAAUGCAAGAACGUUCCUUUAGUUUACCUUCAGCCGGUCAACUUAACUUACCCCCCAAUCUUGGCGAUUUUAGUGAUGACCAGCGAUACAAUAGCACCAGUGAAGCCUCGUGGUCAUCGGCAUUUCAUUCCGCGGAACGUCUGAUACAGCACGAUGGAUCUUCGUCGUUGCUAUGGCCCGAUUCUGAAGACCUAUUUCAAAGUCUCAUGUCAGCCGAAGGUGUAUCUUGGGCACAAUCUGUGCCUGUAUUCAUUCCAACUAUUCCACAGGAUACGACACCAUCGGCCAGGGUGGCUAGAGGAUCUGGGCAGGUGUCUCGUGAAGAGCUUGCUGCUGCAGAGGAUGGACAUCGAGCUGUACAGACCGUCAACGGACUUCUAACUAACACUCUGUUCGAUGUGACAUCCCAUGUUGAGCUUUCUGACCUCACACCACGCUUCCUUGAUAGUAGCCUUCACAUGUUCUUCGUCAGGCUCGUUCCCAUCUUGCCCGUAAUUCACCGACCUACAUUCGUGUAUCGAGCCUGUUCAGCAACCCUCCUCCUGAAUGCUAUUGCACUAGGCUCAUUAUUUCUUGGGACAGAAGACGCCACUGCGAAAGGAGAAGCUUUAUGGAGACUCGCAUACACUGCUAUCGCGACCUCUUGGUCCGAGAUGAUAGGCCAAAGAAGAGACCGUGAUACAUGUAGUGGUGUCGAGUUAGUCCUGACUGCCCUCUUGAGUCAAACCUACGCGGCUCUAUCCAAGAACCGGACUUUGAGGAUGACAAGUCAAACAUUUUAUGGCUUGAGCAUGCACUGGUCCCAAUACAGUGGCAUGUACGACGCCAGUGCACGCCCGCAUGUAAUACCGCGGCAAGAUGAUACGAUGAGCGUCAAGAUGGACGGUUGGAAGUCUUGGGCAGCGCAAGAGACACAACUUCGAACCUUGCUAGGUCUUUGCGUUAUUGAUGGUGUUGCGUCGCAAUUUAGCGGCAAUUUAGUCAACACUUGGUCAGCAACCAAGUCACUACCACUGGCUUGUCGGGAAGACAUCUUCGCAGCCGCUACAGUUGACGAAUGGAUCGAUAAGAUGAGGAUACCAAAAGAUGAUGCUGAAAUUAUCAAUGAACCGGCGAUGAGAUUUUCUGACCUUCAAGGUCCGCAUGCUGUAGGAACAGGUGAGCCCGAACGAUUAACCGGCCUUCGUGGACUUCUCAAUAUCAAAGUCAUGCUAGAGAUUUUAUCGUCUCUUGCCACAGACCUCCAGCGAACGAAUCAGACCGAAGGUGGUCCUCAACGCAGGCUCGAGGUCAUGAAGACCUUGAACUCCUUCCGACAAGAAAUAUCCCUAAGCACCGAACUGAGCGCGGCGGAUAGAACGAUAGGUCUUCUCCGGUGGCAUGCCAUCUGCCUCGAUCUGGUGGUCAGUACCGCAAGAGGAGCAAGAAGAAUGUGCUACCACUACGGCAUCACGCAAAGCAUCUUUGGUGGGAAAAAGAGACAAGAGCCAACGCGUAUCGACCCGGAAGGAUGGGCACGGGGUGUUCCCGCGCGGAAGUGUCUUCUACAUGCUUUGGAGAUUCAUAGGUUGGCAUCUGAGGUACCCUUAGGCGUCAUACACGAUACGAGCUUGCCAGGUGCGCUGUUCGCGGCCGCCACCACCUACAGUUCGUUUGCUCUUCCGGGCGUGUCUAAGAUAGUGGUACCGGCUUCUGUGCACUGGGAGUCAGUCCUGAUCCAUGGCCUCGACAACGUACAGGACGAUGCGAUGCCAUCUUUAUCUGGCGAAACUGGCAAUACUUUGUCAUUUCUGCGGAAUAACCUUGGCUCUCCUAAAGCAGACUGGAUAGCGCGGAACUUACUGUAUGAGCUCAGCUCCAUCCGGAUUUUGUUACAUAGCCUCUCACAACACUGGGGUGUGACACAAGAGAUGGAGGAGGUAAUCGGCGCCUGGGAGGCACGCUGCAGCUGA